UUGUCCUUUUUAAUUUUUGUGUUUGUUAUUUAAAAAAUAAUAAAUAAGCAAUUUUUCACUGCCUAUUAUAAGAAUUGAAUUUUAGAAUAUUAUAUUUAUUGUUAUGUCUUUAAAGUAAUUUUAUAAUAUUUCAAUGGCGAAAAGUGAAAAUUUAGAAGUAUACGAUAGUUGUUGUCGAACAUGUUUAUGUAAAAAAACGGAUCUUAUGAUAAAUAUGUUUAAUUCGGAUAAUUCAAUAAAUUUAGUGAACAUAUUGCACUCGUGUACUACGAUAAAUGUCAAAGAAGAUGAUGCCUUACCAAAAAAUAUAUGUGAGCAAUGUUACAAUUGCCUUAUUUCAUUUCACGAGUUUAGAAAGCUAGCAGUUAAUGUUGACAUGCAGCUAAAAGACAUUUACGACAAUAACAUAAAAACCAGCCCCGAUGAAUGCAUACAAAAUAAUAUUAGAAUAAAAAGUGAAGAUUCAACAGAUUCUGAGUUGAACAUAAAAUUUAAAACAGAUCUGAAACAAGAAAAUAUUGAUAGUUUUAGUGAAACAAAUGUUAAAUCACAUGUAAAUGAAUGUAAGCUUUGUAAGCAGACAUUUAGAAAUCAAUUGAAUUUAGAACAGCACACAUUGUUACAUAAGUAUAAGAAUUUAACUGAACUAGACAAAAAGACAACUAACAAUGAAAAUAUUAAUGAAACAAAUGAGGUAGACGAAAAAUUUGUAUGCAACUUAUGUUCUAUAACAUUUAAAUCCCUAAAUUCUCUAUCUGCCCACAAAAGAAAACACAUACAGAAGGACAGGAUACUGUCUUGUUCCGUCUGUAGCAAAGUAUUCAAGAAAAUCAGUCAUUUGAAACGUCAUGAACUUACGCAUGCCUCAAAUCAUCAUUACAAAUGUUCCCUUUGUUCGAAAACAUUUGCUUUAGAAAGUAGGUACAUGGAACAUGUAAAUAAACAUAAUGGGAUAAAAUCACAUUCAUGCUUGCUAUGUCAGAAGUCCUUUUUCCACUUGUCAACACUCAACGCUCAUAUGAGUGUACAUACAAAGAAAAGGCCAUACCUUUGUCCCACUUGUGGGAAAAGCUUUCAUUCAAGUACGAAUUUGAAUCAGCACACAAAGAGGCACGCUGGAUUGAAGUCAUUUCUUUGUACCUUGUGCCCUAAACAGUUUUUUAGCAAAGGUGAAUUGAAUUCUCACUUUCAAACACAUGCAGGAGAGCCAGCAUGUGCAUGCGAUCAGUGUGGUGUCACUUUUACAAGACGCAGUUCGCUGAAGAAGCACAAAUUAAGGCACUUGGGUAUUAAACCACACCAAUGUGGUAUUUGCCCUAUGAAGUUCACAAGCAAAGACCACCUCACGCGUCACCACCGCAUACACACGGGGGAGAAACCGUACCGAUGCGAGAUAUGCAGCAAAGCCUACACGCAGAGCAAUGAUCUUGUGAAACAUAGACGCGUGCAUCUCGGUGAUAAGUUGUAUAAGUGCUCGCAAUGUUCAGAGAGUUUUCGUUUGAAGACAGAACUUCGCCAGCAUAUAUCCCAACAUUAUAUUUCACCGCAGUUCAAAAUAAUCGACUCUUCAACUAAAUAAUAAUUUUCUACGGAAAAUGUCACCUAGGAUGCUGGGCCUCCCCCCACCACCUGCCUCUACUCACUCCAGAUUCUAAAAUGAGAUGAAAUGCCAACAAAUUUUUAUCAAAUAAUUAGAAUCAUGUCGGACGAUUGAAAACGCAGGGAUGCAGUGAAAUAAAAAUACUGUAAUACAGAAGAAUAUGGAGAAGAACAUAAUGAUUGGUUACUAGAUAUACGCAUUGUUAGAUUUUUAUCGGAAUUAAAUCUCGAUUUUUAAACUAUCCUACCAUACACAAAUCGCAACACACGAAAAUUCGUUCAGUCGAUCUUAAGUUUUUAAAAAUUAAAUUCGCAUUUCUUUUAUAUAUAUAUAUAUAUAUUACUAUAGCAUAAUAUAUAAACUGAAGUAAAACUUCAAGAUACCAAAAAAGUCGCGUUAUUAAUUUUUAAUAUAUAUAUUUGCUGAGGUGAAUCGGCUGAAAUUAUACAAGUAUGUAUGUACAAAAUAGUUAUAUUUCAAUGUUCUUAAGACAUAUACAGUAAAAAAAUUGUUAAGUAUCGGAAUUGUUAUAUAAAAAAUAUAAACAUUUUUGAAAAAGAAUAAAGCUUUAAUUAGUGAGAGAGGGCACAAUAAAUAUUUUGUUUUAAAU